CCAUCCCACGCGAGAAAGUCCGUUCCUCACCCGCGGGCCGGGGGUGGGAGGAGACAACGGCGAUAACGAAACCGGGCCCUGCUUGGCUUAUAGAACAACAAGCCGUCAAAGUUAGGUAGGCCUACUUUCCCGUCAGCCCUUGCGGCGGCGGCGGCAGCGCGGCGGGCGUGACCGCAGCGUCGUGUGGGCGGAGCCAAAGGCGGCGCAGCGACGGAGCUCGCGGCGGGAGCGGGCAGCGGAGGCGGGAAGCCGCGCGGCGACGGGGAGCGAGCCCAACGGGGGAGCGGCAGCCCCACCAUGGCCGAGACGAAGGUGAGGGAGAGCCGAAAGAAUCGGAAGACAGAGCCGCUGAGGGAUGCACAUGAGGAGCAUGACUCAGCAACUGACAAUGCAGAUGAUUCUAACCACGACCCGCAGUUUGAGCCCAUCGUUUCUCUUCCUGAGCAAGAUAUCAAAACUCUGGAGGAAGAUGAGGAGGAGGUUUUCAAAAUGCGAGCAAAACUUUUCCGAUUUGCAUCAGAAAAUGACCUUCCAGAAUGGAAAGAACGUGGCACUGGGGAUGUAAAACUCCUGAAGCACAAAGAUAAGGGGACCAUCCGCCUCUUAAUGAGGAGAGAUAAGACUCUUAAAAUCUGUGCAAACCAUUAUAUCACACCUGUAAUGGAGUUGAAGCCCAACGCGGGGAGUGACCGGGCCUGGGUGUGGAACACACAUGCUGAUUUUGCAGAUGAGAGUCCUAAACCAGAGCUUCUGGCAAUUCGGUUUUUAAAUGCAGAAAAUGCACAGAAAUUCAAGGCAAAAUUCGAAGAAUGUAGGAAUGAAGUUGAUAAAAAGGGAAAGAAAGCAGAAACAGACAAAAAUGAUAGCGGUGAUAAAAUUGCUGAAAAAUUAGAAGACCUUUCUGUAAAGGACGAGUGCAAAGAAUCGGAGAAGAAAGAAGACAAGGAAAAGACUGAAGAAAAGCAAUAAAUCAUUUUGGGCCUUGUGUUUUUCUUAAUAUUUUUUUUCUUAAUUUUUUUUCCUUAAUUUUUACAAGGGACUUUAUAAAGAACUGUAUUCUAAUGUUUUUUUUUUUCUAAGCUUUUGCCCUUUUGGAAAAAUUCUCCAGAAAAAAAAAAAAAAAAGAUCCAUUCCCCAGUCAUGAAAAUGUACUGUGCUAAAAACUCGCUUUUCCAUAGUGGAAAUACUUAUUUAUAGUCAUCCAGGAGAGUGAACAAAUAAAGCUUUGGAAACGGUAUGAAAAAGGACAGGGUUUUCUAUAUAAACUUCAUGUAUGGCUGCCCUUGUGACCUUGGGUUAUAUGUUUUGGGUGCCUAUUUUAGGUGAGGUAUAGUGUAACUGAAAUUCUACCUGGAGACUGGAGAGAAAAAAAAAGAGUAACAAACAUGUUUUCUGAUGCAUUGUGGCUUGAAUGUUGUAAUGACUGAAAGGAGAAAUGUUAUGCUAAGGUUCCUUUUCUUGUAACUGAGGUUUGAAUGACCUUAAGUGUUCUUGUGCAGAUUUAUUAGAAGAAAAACGGCGUGUCCCUUAGAAUCUAAUGUCAUCCCACAAUGGCCUAGGACGUAUUUCAAAAUAUUGCUGUUUCUUUUUGGUCGUUCUCGGCGAGCCAGGAAGGCAGAAAUAAUAUCUUUUUUAAUUAUUACCGAAAGUGGGAGAUGUCCAGCGAAUGCGAUUUUUUUUUAAGCUGUUUCAAAGGCCUGCCUCCCUCCCCCCAGGCUCUUCUGUGUAAAAAGGGGCAGGAAGACCCAGUUCCUUCUGUAUAACAAUUUUCAGUAUAAACUCUCCCAUGUAGGUAUGAAGACAAGUAAUAACAUUUUCUGUUGCUUUGCUGUCUCGAUUAUAGCGUUUUCAUAGUGUGUUCUGGGGAAACGGGGGUGGGGUAGGGUGGGAAUUCACCUUUUUUUAAGAUAACUUUUUGGUUGUGAGAAGAAGAAAAAAAUAAUCACCUUUCUUACUUAACGCCACCUGGGGGAAAAGCACUGAUGUCUGCUUUUGCAUCCGUUAAGUCUGACAUGAUUCCCUCAUUUAACAAUAAACUUUUGGGUAACAAAACCUUUUGUUGUGGGCUCCCUCCUCAUUGUCACUGAUACUUGAAAGAAUAUCCUGUUUUAAGAUUCACAGCCCAGGGGGACACCCUUAAAGAGACCAAAAAUGUUCUAUAUGAUCAGCUUCUGUAUCCAUAACCAUGGGCUACGCUCACCCAACCAAGUAUAUUGUCGCUUUUCCAUCCUCAUGGCAAAAUGGAUUAAUAAUUGGUGUUCGGAAAUGGGGGAGGGAGAGGUUUUUUUUUUUUGUUGUUGUUGGUUUUACAUAUAACUCAGGCUUUCUCAGUGUGUGUGUAUGUUCUGCAAGCUGUAUUCCCUCCUUGACCCAUUUCUCUGGCUGGUAGAAAUCUUCCCACCAAGAUUAAGAAAGUUUGUCUGACCUGCAUAUAAGUUGAGAGCGCCUGGUCUAGUUUCUUUCGAAGAUUCAAAGUUCUCCCAAGUGUUCUCCAACAACACAUAUUCUGGUGUUCCUCAACUGUGGCAACAUUGAAGGUGUGUAGAUUUCAACUCCCAGAAUUCCCCAGCCAGCCUAGGGAAUUCUGGGAGUUGAAGUCCACACGUCUUCAAUGUUGCUAUGGUUGACAAACGUGGGCUUACACGCUUGCAUUGAGUGUGGCUAUAAAACAUUCCUUUUUCUCUUGUUUGAAACAAUAUGCACCGUCAUUACUUUAAUUAAAAGCUUUUGUUCAAUUAACAGCAGAACUGUUUGAACUGAAUGAUCUUUUUCUGGAAUUUUUAAUUAUUUCCUUGAUAGUUUGUCUCUCCCUCCCUCCCCCCCACAAUCAUUACAUUUUUAUGGAUGUAUUAGUUUCUUCUUGUAGUAUUAUUGUUAUUGUGUGUUUUUUUUUUUGUUUUUUUGUUUUUGCAUUAUUAUACUUCGACUAAGGCAUAACUGCAGGUAGGGAGAUGCAGAAAUACCUCAGCCAGUCCCACGAACCUGUCAGUAUACCCAAUAGUAAGGUAAAAAGGGCAUUGAACGCUUAUUUUCUGACCGAAAUCACUAUAAAUGAUUUUAUCAAAAAGAGACACUGUUCACCCGGCUAACUUUGAAAUAAAUUUAACCUUCAUCUUUU